GCUGCAGCUGGAGUUCUUCUGCCCGCCGGGCUCUUUCAUGGGCGUCCAGGGUGCGGGUUGCUUUGGCAAUCCACGUGUGUGUUGAAUCAGCAAGCCGGCGAGUCAGAAGGAUGGCGGAGCAGGGCUGGCGACGGAGGGGGAGGGAGGCAAGGCUCCGCCAACCCGCCCGCUUUCAUCCAAAGUGAAUCCUGAGUGCUCCGUGCCAGCCUCCCCACCCCCCUCACCCCCCACCCCCCCACCCCGGCACCAGGAGCCAGCCUUCUUUCUUAGUGGGAUUUCACAUAGCGGUGCCUUACUUGAAAGCAUCGUAAAGAGCCGCCGAGGGUGUGGGAGCAGGUCGGAGAGGUGAGAGCCCCGGCUGCCAAUGGCUCCAGCCGCCGAAAGUGUGGAAAGCUCAUUCCAGGAAAAGUGGACUAGUCGCCGUGCUGGCUGGCUUUCAGGCGGGGUCCUUGGUGAAUUUUGUCAUGGUUAUUUAAGGAACCUCGCCUAGAAGUCCCAACGCACAGUUCCCCAUUGACGGGAAGGCUUGGACUCCAAGAUGAUUAUAAAGGAAUAUCGGAUUCCUCUGCCAAUGACCGUGGAGGAGUACCGCAUUGCCCAGCUGUACAUGAUACAGAAGAAGAGCCGUAAUGAGACGUUCGGUGAAGGCAGCGGCGUGGAGAUCCUGGAGAACCGGCCAUACACAGACGGCCCUGGCGGCUCCGGGCAGUACACACACAAGGUGUACCAUGUGGGCAUGCACAUCCCCAGCUGGUUCCGCUCCAUCCUGCCCAAGGCGGCCCUGCGGGUGGUGGAGGAGUCCUGGAACGCCUACCCCUAUACCCGAACCAGGUUCACUUGCCCUUUUGUGGAGAAAUUCUCCAUUGACAUCGAAACCUUUUAUAAAACUGAUGCUGGAGAAAACCCCAAUGUGUUCAGCCUGUCUCCUGUGGAAAAGAACCAGCUGACGAUCGAUUUCAUCGACAUCGUCAAGGACCCCGUGCCCCCCAACGAGUAUAAGACGGAAGAGGACCCCAAGCUGUUCCACUCGACCAAGACCCAGCGGGGGCCCCUGUCCGAGAACUGGAUUGAGGAGUACAAGCAGCAGGUCUUCCCCAUAAUGUGCGCCUACAAGCUCUGCAAGGUGGAGUUCCGCUACUGGGGCAUGCAGUCCAAGAUCGAGAGGUUCAUCCACGACACGGGCCUGCGGAAGGUGAUGGUGAGGGCCCACCGGCAGGCCUGGUGCUGGCAGGAUGAGUGGUACGGGCUGAACAUGGAAAACAUCCGGGAGCUGGAGAAGGAGGCGCAGCUCAUGCUGUCCCGCAAGAUGGCCCAAUUCAACGAGGACGACGAGGGGGCCGUGGAGCUGGCCAAGGACGAGGCCCCCCAGGUCCAGGCCCCCAGGGAGCCCCCCCAGCCCGGCAGCAGCGGUGGGGAGCCCCUGGUGGGCAGGGGUCUGAAGAAGCAGUGGUCCACGUCCUCCAAGUCGUCCCGGUCGUCCAAGCGGGGAGCGAGUCCUUCCCGCCACAGCAUCUCGGAAUGGAGGAUGCAGAGUAUUGCCCGGGACUCGGACGAGAGCUCAGAUGAGGAGUUCUUUGAUGCUCACGAGGACCUGUCCGAUUCAGAGGAAAUGUUCCCCAAGGACAUCACCAAGUGGAGCUCCAACGACCUCAUGGACAAAAUCGAAAGCCCUGAGCCCGAGGACACACAGGACGGUCUGUACCGCCAGAGCGCCCCCGAGUUCAGGGUGGCCUCCAGUGUGGAGCAGCUGAAUAUCAUCGAGGACGAGGUCAGCCCGCCACUGGCCGUGCCGCCCUCCAAGAUCCACGUGCUGCUGCUGCUGCUGCACGGAGGCACCAUCCUGGACACGGGCGCCGGGGACCCCGGCUCCAAGCAGGGCGACACCAACACCAUCGCCACCGUGUUCGACACCGUCAUGCGCGUGCACUACCCCAGCGCCCUGGGCCACCUGGCCAUCCGCCUGGUGCCCUGCCCGCCCGUCUGCUCCGCUGCCUUCGCCCUCGUCUCCGACCUCAGCCCCUACAGCCACGACGAAGGCUGUCUGUCCAGCAGCCAGGACCACAUCCCCUUGGCCGCCCUGCCCCUGCUGGCAACCUCUUCGCCCCACUACCAGGAGGCUGUUGCCACAGUGAUUCAGCGGGCCAACCUCGCCUAUGGGGACUUCAUCAAGUCCCAGGAGGGCGUGACCUUCAACGGGCAGGUCUGCCUGAUCGGGGACUGCGUCGGGGGCAUCCUGGCGUUCGAUGCCUUAUGCUGCAGCAACCAGACGGUGUCUGAGAGUCAGAGCAGCAGCCGCCGGGGCAGUGUGGCCAGUGUGCAGGACACUGACCUGCUGUCCCCGGGCACGACGGUCAAUGCGGCACAUGGCGGCAACCUGGAGAGCAGCCGGCACCUGAGCCGCAGCAACAUCGACAUCCCCCGAAGCAACGGCGCUGAGGACCCCAAACAGCAGCUGCCCCGCAAGAGGAGUGACUCGUCCACCUACGAGCUGGACACCAUCCAGCAGCACCAGGCCUUCCUGUCCAGCCUCCAUGCCAGCGUGCUGAGGAAUGAGCCCAGCUCCCGCCGCUCAAGCAGCUCCACCAUGCUGGACGGCGCAGGGGCCGUGGGCAAGUUCGACUUUGAGAUCGCUGACCUCUUCCUCUUCGGGUGCCCGCUGGGGCUGGUCCUGGCCUUGAGGAAGACCGUCAUCCCCUCCCUGGAUGUGUUCCAGCUGCGGCCCGCCUGCCAGCAAGUCUACAACCUCUUCCACCCCGCCGACCCGUCGGCCUCGCGCCUGGAGCCGCUGCUGGAGCGGCGAUUCCACGCCCUGCCGCCUCUCAGCAUCCCCCGCUACCAGCGCUACCCGCUGGGGGACGGCUGCUCGACGCUGCUGGCAGACGCACUCCAGGCCCACAACGCGGUCUUCCAAGAGCACGCGGCCCCCUCCUCGCCCGGCACAGCCCCCACCGCCCGAGGUUUCCGCCGGGCCAGCGAGAUCAGCAUCGCCAGCCAGGUGUCGGGCAUGGCUGAGAGCUACACGGCGUCCAGCGUUGCCCAGAGUGACCCCAGCCCCAGCCCCAGCGUCAGGUGCCCGUCCCUGCUUGCCCUCCCCUGCUACCGCCACCGCCCCGGGCCAGCAGGCGAGCCCCAGCCUGCGGAGGGCCCCCGCCUCCCCGACUUGGACAUCAGAGAAGUUGCGGCGAAGUGGUGGGGUCAGAAGCGGAUCGACUACGCCCUGUACUGCCCUGACGCCCUGACGGCCUUCCCCACCGUGGCCCUGCCCCACCUCUUCCACGCCAGCUACUGGGAGUCCACGGAUGUGGUCUCCUUCCUGCUGAGACAGGUCAUGAGGCACGACAACUCCAGCAUCUUGGAACUGGACGGCAAGGAGGUCUCGGUGUUCACCCCGUCAAAGCCGAGAGAGAAGUGGCAGCGCAAGAGGACCCACGUGAAGCUGCGGAACGUGACGGCCAAUCACCGGAUCAAUGACGCGGUUGCCAACGAGGAUGGCCCGCAGGUCCUGACAGGCCGGUUCAUGUAUGGGCCCCUGGACAUGGUCACCCUGACCGGGGAGAAGGUGGAUGUGCACAUCAUGAUGCAGCCGCCCUCAGGUGAGUGGCUGUACCUGGACACGCUGGUGACCAACAGCAGCGGGCGCGUCUCCUACACCAUCCCCGAGACCCACCGCCUGGGCGUGGGUGUCUACCCCGUCAAGAUGGUGGUCAGGGGAGACCACACAUUUGCCGACAGCUACAUCACCGUGCUGCCCAAGGGCACGGAGUUCGUGGUCUUCAGCAUCGACGGCUCCUUCGCCGCCAGCGUGUCCAUCAUGGGCAGCGACCCCAAAGUGCGGGCCGGGGCCGUGGACGUGGUGCGGCACUGGCAGGACCUGGGCUACCUCAUCAUCUAUGUGACGGGCCGGCCUGACAUGCAGAAGCAGCGGGUGGUGGCCUGGCUGGCCCAGCACAACUUCCCUCACGGCGUGGUGUCCUUCUGUGACGGCCUGGUGCACGACCCGCUGAGGCACAAGGCCAACUUCCUGAAGCUGCUCAUCUCUGAGCUGCACCUGCGCGUGCACGCGGCCUACGGCUCCACCAAGGACGUGGCGGUCUACAGCUCCAUCAGCCUGUCCCCCAUGCAGAUCUACAUCGUGGGCCGGCCCACCAAGAAGCUGCAGCAGCAGUGCCAGUUCAUCACCGACGGCUACGCGGCCCACCUGGCUCAGCUCAAGUACAACCACCGGGCGCGGCCGGCCCGCAACGCGGCCACCCGCAUGGCGCUGCGCAAGGGCAGCUUCGGCCUGCCCGGCCAGGGCGACUUCCUGCGCUCCCGGAACCACCUGCUCCGCACCAUCUCGGCCCAGCCCAGCGGGCCCGGCCACCGGCACGAGCGGACGCAGAGCCAGGCGGACAGUGAGCAGCGGGGACAACGUAGCAUGAGCGUGGCGGCCGGCUGCUGGGGCCGCGCCAUGGCCGGCCGGCCCGAACCGGGGGCAGCUGCGGGCCCCAAGUAGGGCUCCGGGAGCGAGGCGCUGUGGUCUCCAUGGUGCUAGGCCGGGGCGGCCCGCCCUGCCAGGAGGCCUGGCCUGGGCACGGACAGUCGGCUGGGGCCCAGCUUGUCCCAGGGCCCGGCGGAGGACACGGGGCCGUGCCCCACACAGCCCUUCCAGCCGGGCCUCACAUGUUAGGGUCUGUGGGGUUCCAGCGUCUCGUGGAAGCUGGCAGGAGGACCAGCCCGAGGAUGACGGAGAGACCAGGACCCCCCAGCGUGGACUGGCCGGGAAGGCACUCCCGGACGCUUGCCCUGCGUUGACCGCCCAGCAUCCUGAGGCCAGGCCUGGGCACCUCCCAUCCACUAGCUCGCCCCAACCCCCAAGUCCCCUCGCACUUGGUAGCAGCUCCAACGGGGGACAGCCUGCUUCUUGUUCACUCGAGUUACUCAACGGCUCGACCUCACUGGUUUUGCACUGAAGUUUGAGGGUGGAGACCCAUCACCAUCUCCUAUGGCUACAGAUCCGUUGACGUGCGUGAAAAUUCAGCGUUUGCUGAUCCCGGACCCAUCGCCACACAGAGGCUCCGGGGCAGAGAAUCCUUGUACAAGUAGGAGAGAAAGGCCAUAUGGUAUUUUCCACAGCUCCACCUGGCCCAUGGCAGCCCUGGACUCUCAACCCCUUCUGGCUGCCCCACCGGGAGCCCCGUCCAGCCGAGGGCCUGGCAUCAUCUCAGCCCCAGGCACAGCCCAGGCCACCAGGCCGGUGCAGCCGAGGUGGUGGCUCCUGAGAAGCCUCGCCUCGGGCUGCGGGGCCGGGACCGGCCGGGCCUACUUCUUCCGCUCCUCGCUGGCCGUCUCGGCCCCCCCUUCCACGUUUCUACACCUUUCUACUUCUCGAGUCUGAUUUCUAUGAGGUUUUUUUAAAUGAGCAAUCCUUGGCUGCUUCCUUUUCUUAACUCUUUCAGUACCAAACGCAGCCCCUCCACAUGAAAACGCCCAGCACUGUGACGGAGUCCAGCCCGGUUCUGGGUCCCAGGGCCCUGUCCCCUGCCCAGGCAGCGGGGCGUGGGCUCCCUGCCUCGCCUGACCCCUGUUAAUUCCACUGAAUUUCUACUCUGGGGUGAGUGGGGCACCCCACUUAGGUUUUUUUUACCGCCAAUUCCGUUUCGAUGCCGAAUCUAAGAAGCCACAACUCGCUUAGUUAGCUUCAGGGCAGGCAGCCACGGCUUCAUUUCCCACCUGAUAAGGACCGCGCUGUCCUGCACGCUGGGUCUGAGCGUCAGCCCUCCCUCCCCGGAACCGACCGCAAUCUCAGCCGUGGCCUCAGCCCCGGCAGCCCCUCUGCUGCUCCUCCAGCUUCUCUGAGACGGGGGAGCCUGCCGGGCCUCAGCCAGCCGUCCAGCGACCAGGCUCCUUCUGCGCGAAGCUGCUACCCACCUGGAUACGGCCUCAGGGCCUCGUGGGCUGGGACAGGGAGGCGCGCAGACGGACGUUAACAUUUUCCCGUGUGUAGAUAUGUACAGCCAAAGGGUCGUGUAAAUGUUCUGCAAAAGUGGGUCUGUACAGAGUGAAAGCUAUUUAUUUUGUGCAGAGAAAAAUGUCUGGAGGGAUGGGACCUUCAGGGUUUAUUCAUAUUGAAGAUGUCGCUUUUUGUUGUUUCAGGCGUUAUGUAUAAAGCGGCGAUUAUUUUAUGGACCAAGUUUUAAUGUAACUGUUGCAGUGAAAGUGCAAUAUCUAACCCCUUGCUCCCAGCGGGAUCGCUCGGCCCGACAAUCACAGCCUCCACGAGGGGCCCCACGGCCAGUGCCGCCUCCUGUCGGUCCCGCCUCACCCCGUCUCGCCUGUCGCCUGGUGAGCAGCCAUCCGGAGGAGCACCUGGAAGAGUCUCAGCCCGCCUGCAAUAAAGGCCGGGAGGCCGGGUGGGCAGUGGGCUCGGCCUCUCCCAGCGGGCAGCUCCCCCACGGCUCCGAGCUCCCCGCCUGCCUGCCCAGCCGCCAGCCAUGCCAAGGACAACAGCAAUAGUCCCCGGGCCUCUCCCAGCGGCCCUCAGCCAUAGAUGGUGAGGUGGGCAGCCCAGCCUCCCUGGUGACGUCUCUCUUCUCUAUCCAGGUCUGCUUCCUGGCCUCCCUGAAGACUCCUUUCGGCACAUUAUCCUCUUAAGGAAGCACCAGUUUUUCAGAAACUAAGAGAGGGAGGACAGAGUCCUUUAAAAAUACCAAAAAUGUUUACAGCAUUGGGUGCUGAGCUGCAGGGCUCAGGCCCGACCAGUCGUAACCAAAGGGUGAAGCAGGCCUUGCUGCCUGCCACCCCCACCCCAGGCCUGUUAGAGUAGAAGCCUUAGUCCCACUCCCACCCCCAAGCCCCCAGGACUGAGCCUCAGCCCGUGCCCCCCAGAUCCCCCCACCUGCCUUCUCUUUGAUUUCUAAAGAGGGAUUCAGCAGAGACCCCACGCCCCCUUCCUAGCUCAGCCUGAGCUGCCUGCCCGCCCACCUGCCACGUCGCAGUCUUCACGUCUUGGCCCCCUGUCUGUCUGUCUGGACCGAAUGUGAGUGGUGCCCUGACUUGCCCCCGCCCGCCCUUGCUGUCCCUGCUCCAUCAGGCCUGAGUGUGCUCUGUGUACUGUGUCGUCGUCUGUUACACCAAUUAAAGA